UUGAUGCCAUGCCGAGUAACGCACAAAAGAAAAAUCCCGAAAACACAUGCUUUUUCUUACUCAUAUCUGACUGUUGGCGUACUUGUGGGGUAUAGAGGGUGUGUCAACGGCUUGAUCUCCGUGGAUGACCCAGAUACCCCCACAACUUGGCUAUCUGGUAUUUGGCGUUUGAAGAAUUGGUUCCGUGUGGACUCUAGCGAUUACCUAGCAAGAGGUAGCAACAAGCUUGGACUUCGCGGUAAACUGGAUGACUAUCUGAUAUCUCAGGGCGCGAAUCCGGCCGACUAUCCGUCUGCUUUUCUUGUUACUGCGCCAAAAUUUCUAGGAUAUCAAUUCAACCCGGUCUCAUUUUGGUACUUGUAUUCUCCUGAUAACGUACUUUCUGCUAUCGUUCUGGAGGUGAACAACACUUUUGGCGAGCGAAGACCAUACUUGGUCUUUCGUGACACCGCAGAAGACGCGACACGAAUCUCUGCCCCUGGGACUGCCCAUUCGAAGCCUCCCGAUACGCAGAUAGAGGCUUCAUGGAGGAAGGAUUUCCAUGUUUCUCCGUUCAACUCUCGCAAUGGCUCUUAUUCUUUGUUGGCUAGGGAUCCAUUCAAAAAUAGUUUGAGAAGCUUCUGUGGCAUCGAUAUUACCAUUAAUCUCACCUCAUCAAAGGGGCAGCCAAAGCUCUUUGCCCAGCUGCGCUCAGAAGGCGACGCUAUCAUGGCUUCACAGAUGAGCCCAUUGGCCAAGAUGAAAUUUAUUCUCACAUGGUUUUGGGUUGGAUUUUUAACAUUCCCCAGAAUCGUCAAGGAAGCAAGUUCCUUAUUCUUUUCCCAUCAACUGCAUGUUUGGUACCGACCGGAGCCAUUGAAAGACAGUCUUGGUAGGUUGGCAGAUGAUACUGAGAGGAGACUGGAGCCGAUUUUUCGCCAAUAUCUACGUUUUCUUGUCGAGCAAUCGCCAAAUCCGCUGACUGUGAAAUACGUGCCGAGCGGGAUCCUUGAAAGUGGAGAAGAAACCUUCAUUUCUUCCAAAGCGCCUCGUCAAUCAGAGCAAGCACAGUACAUGGAGAUCCGUAUCUUGACACCUGUCUUCUACUCUCGAUUUGUUCACUACGCCCAUGACUUCGAAGCCAUGUUCAGCGAAUUGGCUGAAAAUCAUACUAUCUGGGUUGAUGAGCCUGAACUAUUACCCAAACUCUUUUUGAAGCAGCAGCCUCCACCACUAAAUGUAUCGAAUUUCGGGGAUUUUGUGUACUUCAAGCUGAUACAAGAGUUGCGACGUCGACCAGCAAGGAUUGUGCGCCCGAUGACGUCCGCUGACAGAGCUAAACCCGCGAUAAAUGCAGAAGACGUUCGAAGAUUUCGAAUUUCUCCCAUGGAUGCAUUCGUUCUUGGGCACUCGAGUGAAGAAACUCGAGGCUCAUAUCGGACUCUACUCGUCCGAAUAUUCCUAGCCGACCGGCUUUUCUUUGGAAUGACCGAGAUUGUCUACGCAUUAGAGUUGAUCGGGCGUUUUGGCGUGGCCUGGUGGUUGGCA